AUGGAUGACCCCACGAAUAUCGAUGCCGCGCUGGCAGAACUACAGCCACCAAGGCCCCUCUCAAUCAUCAAGCUCAGCGACGCAUUCUACCCAGAGACCCCGCAAAGUGCCCAAAAGCGCAACUCAGGCGUCUCCGACGUCUCGGCGAGCGCGUUGGACAACGCGACACCAGCGAGCCUCGAAGCAGACCUAACGCAUUACAAGGAACUCUUCUCCAAACUCCGCUUCUCCUACGUCGAACAAGUUACCAAAGAGAAGUUCCUCCGCGCAAUCGUCUCCGAUGACCCGCCCUUCGUGGAACCGCACGAGAAUGCCGAGCUCGAGGCAUUGCUUGCGGAGCAGAAGGCGCUCCUCAAGGCGCAGAAAGCAGAGGUGGCGGACAUGAUCGCGGAGCUGGAGCGGCGAGGCAGGGAGUUGAGCCAGCGCCAUGAGGCAGUGCAGCUGCAGACGGCACAGCUCUCGACUCUACCGACCGAGAUCGCGAACCUGGAAUCCACAAUCGCCUCCCUACACGAAUCACAAGCGCCGCACCCAACCAACUCCUCCCUCUCACUACCGCUGCCAGCAACGCUCGAGCUCCUCUCGUCCCGGGAAGCGGAAAUUGCGACCCUAGAUACCCGGCUCGCGAGUCUGCAGGCAGCGCUUCCGCGCAAGACGCAAGAAUUAGACAAGCUAGAGAGGGAGCUCAGGCCGUUGGAGAUGCAGAAACAGGGCACGGUGGCUGCGGCGAAGGAAGCGAGGAGGCGGAGGGAGCAGGGUGUGGGGGGCUUGGAGGAUGAGCUUGAUGAGAAGGCACGGUGGUUGAGGACGUCGGAGAAGAUGUUGAGGGAAAUGCUGGGUGUCAAGGGGUAG